AUGGACGCGAACAAGGCGGUUUUGCCGUCGGCAUCGUCUGCAGCCGGCGCUGCGUCUGCGGCGUCAAAGAUGCCUCGCUACACCUAUUAUCUGUCCAACUAUCAGUACCUGGCUCCUUCGGUGAAUCACACGUUUUCUGCGGAUGACGACAAGAGCCACAGCCUUUCCCCGAAAUUCGGCACUGAUGCCACGUGCGACGAUGCUUCUUCGACCUUCGGUGAUCCCCAGCCUUCUUACGUCGGACCUGCGCUGCUGUCUAGCCAUACCCAGGCCACCGCCCACGUUGGCGUCGUUACCAGUGGAAGGUCAAUGGCUUCCGAGAGUAACUACGGGAUGGGCGAGAUCUCUCCACGUUUCGGCAGGUCUGAAGGUACAAGCUCGUCGUCUGAUCGCCGGAUUGGGAGCAAGGUUGGCUCCGUUGACGCGGAAGAUGAACUCGGCUGCGCCAGCGUUGCUGAUGAGUACAGCGGCGACUUCUCCGAGGCGUCCGCGCGUAUGGAGGAACAGCGCAACCUUAAUACCGGUUUGUACAUGGGCCACCCACUAGCUGCGAAGAUGGAGCGCUGGAUGGCAAAGUACGCGUGCGGCAACAUGGAGGAGUUUCGUCGGAGGCAGAAGGAGCACAUGCGCACCCUUUGGCGCGGCACCAACCGUGGCGAAUCGUUAGACGAAUUUCCCAUUCGUUGUGUGUUCCCCUGGGGCGAGACUGCGUCGGAGGGAAACUUCGAUCCGCUGUACAUCAAGGUAGGGGACGUGCUUGUGCGUCGUUAUUAUGUAUCUGAAAUUUUGGGCAACACGGCGUUUUCUGUGGUUCUGCGCGCCCGGGACGACCGCGAUGGUGGAGAGGUGUGCUUGAAGAUAAGCAUGCCAGACACGGUGAACCAAGCCAUCGAUGAGAUCAACCUGCUGAAGAUCCUCAACACCACCAACCCUAAAGAAUCGCGGGCGAUAGUGCAACUAAAAGAUUAUUUCUACUACAAGGGGUGCGUGUUUUUGAUCCUUGAGAUUCUGGGACCAAAUCUGUACGAAUCCUCACGGGAGUUGUACAGGAGGUGCAAGGGUCCUAUGUGUAUGCCCGGCGAGCGGCCCCCUAGGAUGGUCCCCGCUGAGAAGGCAGGGUGGUCGUUGAGUACCAUCCGCAAGGUCACCGUGGACAUUCUUAGGUCGUUAAAGUACAUGCACAGUUUGGGUAUCAUCAACUGUGAUCUGAAGCCGGAGAACAUCGUGCUGAACAACGGUUUGGAGUCGCCUAUCGUGAAGCUGAUCGACUUCGGCUCUAGCUGCUACAUUCAAGAGCGCCUGAACAAUUACGUGCAGAGCCGCUCAUACCGCGCGCCUGAGGUGAUUCUGGGCCUCCCCUACGACACGCAGAUCGACCUUUGGAGUUUGGGGUGCGUGCUGUGCGAGAUGUACAUGCAGCGCAUCUUGUUCCCCAGCGACAACAACGCAACGUUGAUGGCGUCGAUGAUAAGUCUCCUGGGUGUGCCGCCGGUUUACCUCCUGGAACACAAGAUGAACAGCACAUUCAUGGUGCUGCCGAACGGCAACGUAGCGGACUUGGGCGUGAGCUCCGACAUCCUCAAAGGCCAGCAAAAGGCGAUGCACUCCGAUUAUCAGUCGUCGUUGCAGUGCAACAUCUCCGUGAGCAACUCCUCUCGCGGCUCGGCUGUUGGAGCGCAGCUGGGUAGCAAGGCCGACAUCAACAUGCAUGCCGACUACGACUCCAUGAUUGACCUGAACGAAAGCAACGACUCCAACGGAUCCCCGGAGUACACGAACAUAACGCCGCGGAAGUACUCCAUAAUGCAGGAAGCGGUGGUGUCGCGGCGCAGCGGCGUUGCCCGUCUGCACCGGGUGAAUAAGGGCAUAAAACUAGACUUUGGGCACGGCCGAUCCAAGGCGAAGUGCGUGCGUAUUAUCGAGCCUUCUAGGUGUUCAAUCGAUGAGAUGCUCAGCACAUCAACUUCACCCGCGCUGGAAGCCUUCGGCGACUUCAUCAAGGGGCUGUUGCAGUACGAUCCGCUGGAGCGUCUGACAGCUUCCACCGCGCUUUCGCACAGGUUUAUAACCCAAUUGCAGUAA